AUGCCGACAAUAAAUCCGGGGUGCUGGACCUGUCGUGUGAGACAUCGCAAGUGUGACUUGGAAAUACCCCUUUGCCGUGAGUGCACCGAUCGCGUUGUCCAUUGCCAUGGCUAUGGGGCGAAGCCUGCGUGGAUGGAUGGUGGGCCCGAGGAGCAGAAGGAGCGAGCUCGCAUUAAAGCCGCAGUUAACAAAAAUUUCCGUCAUGUCAAGAAGAUGCAGAGUCGCGCUCGCCGGAGUCAGAGUGCCAGGGAGCGAUCGGCAUCUGAGACGCCAACAAACGGGGCGGUCGAGGCCGUUGAAGAAACGCAGACUAAUGAUGUUAUCACACCUCCGGAUUUAUCUCCACCACGACCAACCGAACUCGUGACUCUAUCGCACUGUGACACAGAAGUUUUGAUCUGCCCUCCUGAAAAGAGCCCAAGUCCUGCCAAUAAUGAUGCUACUGGAGAUUGCAGAGACCCUUAUCAAAACAAUUCAAAUGCCAACGAACUAGAUAAUCAAGAGGCAUGCUUGUUAAUGCAUUAUCUUGACCAGGUCUUUCAAUGGCAAUUUCCAUACCAUGAUUCUCGUUCUCGACUAGGAAAUCGUGGAUGGCUUUUCUUGCUACUGAGCAAACGAGGGCCAUUGUAUCAUGCAGUUCUGAGCCUUUCUUCACUUCAUCAAAGUGCACUAUUGGGUACAGAAGAGGAGUUUCAAAGGAAACAGAAGGCUCUGGAUCAUCAUUCCAGGGCGUUAUGUGAACUCUGCGACCUGAUGAGAGAGAAUGGGGACAAGCUACGUGACGAUCAUGCGCAAUUAGUCGAGUUUCUCGCAUGCAGCUUCAUAUUGAUCAGCUUUCAGGUACCUGCAUACUUUGAUAAUCGGCAGGUCUUUAGCGGGGCCGAGCAUGACUGGCUACUUCAUCUAGAUGCCGUUACCUCUGUCAUGAGUUUACUCUCACCCGAGGCUGUCUUCAACCCAGAAUCCUAUGCCUAUGGUGCACACGCAAACUCGAUGGCUUCCUAUUCAUACGGACAAGGAGGGUGUCAUCAAGGCCUGGAGUUUCUUAUGGUUACAGUGGUUUGGUUCGAUAUUUUCGCCUCUUUGUCAACAGGCAGGCCACCACGACUUCCCUACCAGGGCUGGCUUCGCACCCCAGGGUUGAAUACAGCUGAUUUGAUGGGAUGCCAGAAUUGGGUUUUGGUUGCCAUUGGGGAUCUCGCUCAUUUUGAUACAUGGAAAGAGCGGCGGGAAAGCGAGGGUUUAUUAAGUAUAAGAGAGCUUGCUGGAAAGGCCCAAGAAAUAGAGAUGCGUCUCGAAAACGGGAUUCAAAGUCUUGACCUAUCAAGGUUUCCUUUGCAAGUUUUUGUGACUGAGAACGGCUCUACUCUAGGGGUAUAG